AUGGCAUCACUGCUUGGGCCUCGGAGCUUGCUGGCACUCAGCCACAUCGUCCUCUUCUUGGCACCUUCUCGAUGUGCUCCAGGUUUCUACCAUCGCGGCUGGCUGAGGCUCAUGAAGGAGGGAAACCUCUGUGGACCCUGCAGGCCCGAUCGGUGUCCCCCGACACCCCCUAGCUGCCCAGCGGGCACGGUGCUCGAUGACUGCGGCUGCUGCGAAGAGUGCGCAAAUGUGGAGGGGCAGAUGUGCGACCCCGACGGCUCUCAGAAGUUCUACGGGCGCUGCGGGGAGGGCUUGGAGUGUCGGAGGAAGACCCCCACGCAGUCCGCUGAGCCCCAGUGUGUCUGCAGCUCAAGCCACGUGGUGUGCGGCUCCAACAACCGAACCUACCAGAAUGAAUGCCAGCUGCGGGAGGCCAUCCACAGAGACGUCUCUGGUCUUCUUCAUCUCCAGCGCCAGGGGCCAUGUGCAACUGCUCCUCAGAUCUCUCGUCCACCCAGAGACCUCCAGAUGCAGGCAGGAGGUGACGUCACGUUCGGCUGCGAGGUCACAGCCUACCCCGUGGCCCACCUGGACUGGAAGAGGAAGGGGAAAGAGACGUUCCUCCCUGGAGACGAUGUGAACGUGUCCGUGCAGGUCCGUGGCGGUCCUCGGCGCCAUGGGAUUACCAGCUGGCUGCAGAUCCACUCCGUCAAGAAGUCCGAUGAAGGGGUCUACAUCUGCUACACUCGAAAUGCUUACGGUGAGAGCUUUGCUUCAGCAGAGCUGCAAGUCAUCGAUGGAGGUCCUUCCCGUCCAGUGAUGAAGACCAUCAUCAGCAGCAGGAUCUCCAGCCUCCUCCAGAUAGAAGACGACGAAGACUAUGAUGAAGAUACAGAAGGGGGAGAUGAUGAUGGCGACCCUGAGUCAGGGGUCGUGUCCCCCUAACUGUGAAGAAGCUGCAGGAAUGAGGCUUCCUAGAAUCGAACUAUCCCCCCCCGCCCCUUA